AUGGUAUGGAGCAGCGUCCUCUCAACAGAGCCGCUGGUUCGCUUCCUAUUGAACGGUCGAUGGACCUUUUGCUCCUCUGUGUGUAAGUCAAUCACGCAGGGCAGGGAGGGAAUGAGGCGGACACAGAGCUGUGUGCGUGCUAUGCGUGCGCGCGCGUUGGCGUGGGCGGAAAAAACGAAGCUAAAGGGCUGA